UUAUUAUUCCUGUUUUUUCAAACAUAUGGCGCAAACAGUAGCAACACUAUGAUCACAGCUUCCUCAAACAUUACCUGUAACCAAAGGGAGCGGCAAUCACUUCUUGAAUUCCGAGAAGGCCUCUCGGACAAUUCAAAUCGUCUAUCAACAUGGACCGGAUUAGAAUGUUGUGAGUGGGAGGGAGUUGGGUGUGGCAGGAGGCAUGGUCAUGUUGUCAAACUUGAUCUUCGAUCUCCAUUGUCUACCUGGAACGACCAUCCUUUAUACACAAACAAAUUGCUCGAAGGUAAGGUAAGUCCUUCCUUAAUCAACUUGGAGCAUUUGCGUUACUUGGACCUGAGCAUGAACAAUUUCUCGGGUCAAAAUAUUCCUGAAUUCUUUGGGUCUUUCAAGUAUUUGGAAUACCUUGACCUCUCUUACUCUGGUUUUAGUGGUGUAGUCCCUCCUCAUCUAGGAAAUCUCUCAAGGUUACAAUAUCUUAACCUUAACGUUGCAGAUAGGUAUGAGGUUUCGUUGAUAGUCAAGGAUGAUCUGCGGUGGGUGUCUUUGUUGUUGUCGUUAAAGCACUUGGACUUGUCAGGGAUAACAAUCGGUAAGCAUAUUGAUUGGUUCCAUCCAGUUAACAUGUUGCCUUCUUUGCUUACACUGAACUUGACCAGGUGUGAUAUCAAUAUCCCCUCCAUAAAAUCCUUCAAUUUCACUUCCCUAAAUUCACUCGAUCUCUAUGGAAACAACAUAACUUCAACCAUUCCUGUCUGGUUAUCAAAUCUUACUAGCCUCGUGAUUCUAAGACUUAAAGAAAACAACUUCCAUGGCCGAAUACCUGAUUCUAUUGGAAACUUGAGCUCUCUUUCUUUACUCAGCCUUUCAUAUAAUCAAUUGUCAGGGCCAAUACCUCUCUCACUUGGUGGCCUAUCAUCUCUAAGAGAGCUCGCUCUUUAUGAAAAUCAAUUGAGUGGGAGCAUACCUGAAAGCAUUGGACAAUUAUCAAUGCUUGAAAAGCUUUAUCUUGAAUGUAAUAAAUUGAGUGGAAGCAUACCUGAAAGCAUUGGACAACUAACGAGGCUGCAAGUGCUCGCUCUUUCUGAUAAUCAAUUGAGUGGGAGCAUACCUGAAAGCAUUGGACAACUAACGAGGCUGCAAGUGCUCGCUCUUUAUGAUAAUCAAUUGAGUGGGAGCAUACCUGAAAGCAUUGGACAAUUAUCAAUGCUUGAAAAGCUUUAUCUUGAUGAUAAUCAAUUGAGUGGGAGCAUACCUGAAAGCAUUGGACAAUUAUCAAUGCUUGAAAAGCUUUAUCUUGUAUGUAAUAAAUUGAGUGGAAGCAUACCUGAAAGCAUUGGACAACUAACGAGGCUGCAAGUGCUCGCUCUUGAUUUUAAUCAAUUGAGUGGGAGCAUUCCCGCUAGUCUUGGUCAGCUUUCAAACCUCCAAUACCUCUCUCUUUGGGGUAAUCAAUUGAGUGGCGUGGUUUCUGAAAUUCACUUCACCAAACUCAACAAUCUAACCUGGUUGCGGUUGGAAGAUAACCCAUUAACGUUGAAUGUGAGCCCUCGUUGGAUUCCUCCCUUCCAAUUGAAGUUUUUUUUGGCAAGCUCCUGCAACAUCGGACCCCGAUUCCCGAGUUUGAUUCGGAACUCAACACAUCUUGAAGUUUUACAUCUUUCGAAUUCGAGUAUUAGAGAUCGCAUACCGGAGUGGUUUGAGAGCAUCUCCUCUCAUCUUCGGGAUUUGGAUUUGUCGGACAACCAGAUCAGUGGAAAUCUUCCACGAAUUCUUGGAUCAACGAACCUUCCUCAUUCAGGUCUCCUUUAUGUUAUUCUUAACAAAAAUCGCUUCACUGGAAGCGUUCAAACACACUUAUGUGAGUUGCUUAGUAUAAAAGUACUGGAUCUAUCCGAUAAUAACUUCUCUGGAGUACUUCCCAAGUGCUUAGGGAGCUUGAUUCAGUUACAGGCGAUGGAUCUUACGUGUAACACUAUAACAGGUGCUAUUCCGAAUUCAUUGGGUUCUCUAUUAUAUCUCCGAUCAUUGCACUUGGGCAACAACAAAUUUGAAGGUAAUCUCCCGGUGGUUUUACAAAACUUGACAAACUUAGUCACCUUUGAUAUAGGGAACAAUUUGUUGACCGGUAAUAUCCCUUAUUGGAUCGGAAAAAAAUUAUCAAAGCUUAAAAUCUUAAAUCUUCAUUCAAAUAAGUUCAUGGGUAAGAUCCCACUGGAACUCUGUCAAAACAACGAUCUUCAAUAUUUAAACUUGGCAAAUAAUAACUUAACUGGAACUGUCCCUCAUUGCUUUUGUAAUUUAACUGGUAUGAUCAUGAUUAAUGAUAAAUUUGUAAACUAUGACAUCGAUAUCGUCAACAAUAGCUACAUUCAAUAUAAUAGCAGUACUAGGUAUGAAGAAAGUAUUGUGAGUUACAUAAAGGGCAUCCAAUUGAAGUACACCAAAAACGCUAGGUUUCUUAUAUCAUUGGACCUUUCAAGCAAUAGACUUAUUGGUGAAAUUCCUGAUGUUUUGAUGAAACUUGUGGCGUUAAAGAAUUUGAAUCUUUCUAGAAACUUACUAAGCGGACAAAUUCCAAUAACCAUUGGAAAUCUAAAGCAAAUGGAAUCUUUAGAUUUGUCGGCGAAUAAGUUGUCUGGUCAAAUUCCAUCAAGUUUAUCUAGCUUGAACUUUCUAAGCUACUUGAACCUAUCCUUCAAUAACUUAUCUGGUCCAGUACCAACCGGAAAUCAUCUUGAAACUUUAGGUGAUCCAUAUACUAUCUAUGAAGGGAACAUUGAGCUAUGUGGGUCGUCACUAUUAAGGAGUUGCAAAAAAAACAAUUCCUCGGAUGCUCAUGCCGGGAAGAAUGAAGGUAAUGAAGGGUCACAAGGUUGGUCGUGGUUUUAUGCUGGCAUGGUCUCUGGUUUUGUUGUGGGCUUCAUGGGACUUGUUGGUAGCUUGCAUUUUAUUAGGAUUUGGAGAGUAACUUACUUUGAGAUGAUGGAGAACGUUUACACUUUUCUAAUGAUCUCAAUUAUGGUAACUCUUGCUCGACUAAGGAGGAAGAUUUUCGAAUAAGGUAUUUAUAUUCACAAAGGGUGAAUCAGGUUGGUUUACAGGUCGAGUACGGUUCAAGUCAGGUUAUGAUUUAGCUUGUGAAGAACUGGUCUAGGUUGUGACUUGUGACCGAGUAUUAUGCAUGGAAAGUUGUAGCAACGUUGAGAUUAUGCAAGCUGAACGUUGGAAUAUUGGGAACUAGAUAAUAGGAUACGUCAGAGUUUCUAUUUGCAUGUGGUUUAUUUACUUUAUAAAAAGCAGGUUAUAGUUUUAGUUUGUUUUUUUGUACCUUCUGUUAAUUAAUUGAGAAAGUGCAGUAAGUGUUUUA